CGAAGCAGCAGCGGCGGCGGCGGCAGCAGCUGUCAUGUGAAUCAGCUGGACGAACAAGGAAGGGGAUAAACAACAACACGGCUCCGUCUUUCUAAAUCGAGGUUAUAGCUGGUGAGGUGGCAGGAUGGCGGGAGCAGAGGUGUUCACCCCUGCAAACCCCACCUGCAAGAUAAUGACCUUCAGGCCCACCUUGGAAGAGUUCAAGAACUUCAACCAGUACCUGGUUUAUAUGGAGUCUCAGGGUGCACACCGCGCAGGCCUGGCUAAGGUAAUUCCUCCUAAAGGCUGGAAGCCCCGUCGUACCUACGAUGAUAUAGAUGAUUUGAUGAUCGAUGCCCCCAUUCAGCAGAUGGUGGCUGGUCAAUCAGGGCUUUUCACUCAAUACAACAUACAGAAGAAGCCUCUUAGUGUGCAGGAGUUCAGGAGAUUAGCAAACAGUGACAUGUACUGUACACCUCGCUACCUGAAUUAUGAAGACCUUGAAAGAAAAUAUUGGAAGAACCUUACGUUUGUCUCCCCAAUAUAUGGUGCUGACGUCAGUGGCAGUCUCUAUGACGAGGAUGUAGAGGAGUGGAACAUUGGCCAUUUGAACUCCAUCUUGGAUGUUAUCGAGGAAGACUGUGGUGUCUCCAUACAGGGGGUCAACACUCCAUAUCUGUACUUUGGGAUGUGGAAGACCACCUUCUCUUGGCACACGGAAGACAUGGACCUGUACAGCAUCAAUUACCUUCACUUUGGAGAGCCCAAGUCGUGGUAUGCCAUCCCACCUGAGCAUGGGAAGAGACUGGAACGUCUGGCUACAGGUUUUUUUCCCAACAGCUUCAAGGGGUGUGAAGCUUUUCUUCGUCACAAGAUGACUCUAAUCUCCCCUUCCAUACUAAAGAAGUAUGGCAUUCCCUUUGAUAAGAUUACUCAGGAAGCUGGAGAGUUCAUGAUCACCUUCCCUUAUGGUUACCAUGCUGGAUUCAAUCAUGGGUUUAACUGUGCGGAGUCAACAAACUUCGCCACUGUGCGCUGGAUAGACUAUGGCAAGGUUGCCACACAGUGCACUUGUAGCAAGGACAUGGUAAAGAUAUCCAUGGAACCCUUUGUGAAGCGUUUUCAGCCUGACCGCUAUGCUAACUGGAUGCUGGGCAAAGAUUCAAUGCCUAUUGACCACACACUUGCUACUCCCAGUACAACACCAGAGCUGCAGAGCUGGUUGCACAGGCGUCACAAGACAAAGUCUACUAAUAAAGGCAGCAGCCACUCUCGUAUGCGCUCCAAGCGUCUCAGAACCACCGAAGAGCCUGUUGGCCUGGAUGACAGUGCAGCAUUGAACAACGCCAAGAGGAAAGGUGUGGGUGGUCCACCUGGGCCUAAGGUGCGAAGGUCUGCUGCAGGGACAACUUGCAGAGAAGAAGACAAAGAAAAGAAAAAGGAAGCUGAGUCAAAGCACAACCAGAAUCCAAAUUCUGUUCCGCUUUCUGGUCCUUGCAGACAGAUGUGUGUGGUCAAGGUAAAUCGUGUAGAGAGUAAAAGUUUGGGGUUUCCCAAUAAGGAGCCAUCCCAAAACGCUCUCUCCAGCUCCUCUGCCUCACCAGUGAAGACUGACCUAAAGGUGGAAGCAGUCUCUCAAGCUGACCCUCAACACCUCUCAGGGCCAGGGGUCACAAGCAGGACUCCUGAAGGACUCAUACCAAGGCCUGAGGCCAAUCAGAUGCAUCUGGAAACUAAUGAGUCAAAGUGUUGCUCUUCUGAACCAAGAGACCUCUCAACUUGUAAAGACUGCUCAAUCAGGAUCCCUCCCCUGGAAACCAGCAAACUAAACUCAUCUUUCCACAUGCGAAAUUCUGCUCAGACUGUGAUGGGCUUGUGUUCCCUUGACUCUAAAACUCAAACAUCUGGUUCGUCAUGUAGAGAAGAAACUUUAAAUCUAACAUCCAACACAGAAAGCAACAUGGACACAGGUGCAGAGAAGUACACUAAUAACACUAUUAAAACAGAGAAAACAGACGUAGUUGUUGAUCCAAAACAUAUCAAUCCACACUCCACUACAGAAGCACUUUAUGAUCUCAAAAGAGAGCCAGAGGGGGAUAGUUCCACAUCUUGUGGCACUUUCUCCCAAUCACAACACAAUUGCAGUUUAGCAAAAAGCAACACUGAGGAAAAUCUUUUCCCUCCUCUUCUACAGAGGAAUGCAGUGGAUAUGCCACAACUAACUCCUGAGCCAGAUGAUCAGGUUGGCAUUUGCCCUUUGCCUCCUGUACUGACCCAAGAGAUGCCCUCCCUUACCCCUGCUGAUGAUGGGCUAACUGACUUCCCGAAAACUAGCUUGUGCAGUCACCAGAUUGCACCUGUGCUUCAGAGGGAGACGCCAACUGGCUCCCCAUCCACACAUGAAGCCAAAGAGGAAGAGAAAGAGACUGAUUUAAUGAUGUCAGCAGAACCUCGUGCAGUAGAACAUGCCAACAACUGGCAUUUAGAUUCUUCAUAUAAUUGUGAAGGGGCAGCAGUGUCUGGUUUAGAGGGAAACACGGCUCAUUUAACUGCCAGUGGUAUGCACAAAAUAACAUCUGGUGGUGUCCACGAAAUGCUAGUAACGCCUGCAGUUGCAGCAGGAAAGGAUCCUGCAAAGCUGGAAAAUCUUAUUCCUGGGCAGAGUGGUGCUGCCCCUGGCCAGCUAGUUCAGAGCACAGCACCUCAAAGAGAGCAGCAACCCAACUUGCCAGAGUUUGCAAGUAAAGAUAACUCCAAAGACCCACCUCAAAAAGACAGUGCAAUUAGUGUGAACAGUGCUGGCUCUCUGUUAACAAGUACCUCAAAUAGUAAUCUUUUAGCUGCUGCACCACCAUUAUGCACUCAAAGUGACAGCCACUCAGCAUUACAACUCCACCACCACAAAACAUAUUCUCCUUCCCAUUGUACUUCCCAGAACCCAUACAUGGAGCCCAAAACCUUCUCCAGUAGCAUCUGGAAAAACCUCAAUUCCCAGAGUCCUGCAGUCCUCAUCCAGAGUCUGCACCCAGAGCUCCCUUCUGACUUCACCCACGACCCUCUGCCUUACACUAUGUGGACUGAACCUCAAUGCAAAGAGGUCACAGACCUCGAAGACCCAGAACAAGACCUCCGUGUGUCAGAGAACCAGGGAGAAGAAGGUGGGGCUCUGACCUGGGCCCAGCUUGAGCCCACAGCUCUAGUUUCAGUUGGUGCUAUUGAGCCCCUAGGGCUUUGUGGAGAUUAUGAGCUGCAAAGAGAUGAAGUGGAUGGGACUGAAGCCCUGUCCCUGUGCAGGGAGCUGGGGAGGCAAAGGGAAGCAGAGGAGAGUCUGCGCUCAGAAACGGCUGUUUCACCUCUCAGGAUGGGAAACGAAGAACAGGAUGGGGUGUCUGAUAUGGAAGAAGGGGGAUCUGAUGGCGAAGAGGCAGAGCAUCAAAGUAGUGCCAAGGGAGAAAGCAGUAGUGAGUCAUCUGAUGAGGAAGAAGAAGAGGAGGAAAAUGAUACAAGUAAUUAUGAGUGUGAUGAAUCAGGCCUGGAACCUGGGGAGGUUUGUGCUUACCCUGCCUUGUCAGUGAAGAGGACCACUAAGAGCUGGCGUCACCCACUCAGGAAACCCACUGCAAGGGCUGUACCCACUGCUGUCAAACAACAGGCCGUCAGUGACGAUGAGCCCCCUGAAGCAAGCCUGGCAGAGGAGGAGGGGGAGCAGGAAAUGGAAGCCUGGGCAAAGCCCCUCAUCUACCUGUGGCAGAACAAAAAGAGCUGCUUCACAGCAGAGAGGGAGUACAAUGCUCAUGCAGCCAACAUGCAGCCACACUGUGCUGUGUGCACACUCUUCAUGCCCUAUUAUCAGGCUGAAGACAAAGCAGAGGACAAUAAACCUGUCAUAGCUAAGGACACCUCCACGUUUUCUUCUCCAAUGGAAGGACCUGCUCCUCCCUUCAGAGAGUUGAGGAGGACCAAGCCCCUGGUCCCAGAGAUAUGUUUUUCUUUCCGGGAGCAGAACUGCCCCCCAACUCCUACUAACCCUCUGCUGCAGGAAGACGGCACCUCCCCUCUGCUCUCCUGCCAGGGCUGUUGCCUACAAGUCCAUGCAAGUUGCUAUGGUGUUGCUGCAGAGGACGUCAGCAAACAGUGGUCAUGUGAUCGAUGUACGGAAGGAAGCUUUACAGCAGUAAGACACUUUAUCUCUUGGUUUGAUUCAGCUUGUGUUGACACUUAUGGGACAAAGUGCAUCUAUUGUCGUAAACGCUGCACGGGGAAGCGGCAGGCAGGGGCUUGUAUCCAGUGCUCAUGUGGCCGGUGUCCCACCUCCUUUCAUGUGACCUGUGCCCAUGCUGCCGGUGUAAUCAUGGAGCCUGAUGAUUGGCCGUAUGUCGUAUCAAUCACCUGCCAUAGACACCAGUCGCGGAGUUCGUCAGCUAAGCAACGACCGUGCCAAGCUUCCAUCUCGCUGGGCCAGACGGUGAUCUCCAAACACAAGAACCUGCGCUACUACAGCUCCAAGGUCACCCAGAUCACCUCCCAGACGUUCUACGAGGUCAUGUUCGAUGACGGCUCCUUCUCUAACGAUACCUACCCUGAGGAUAUCGUGAGUAGAGAUUGUGUGAACCUGGGUCCUCCUGAAGUGGGCGAAGCUGUUCAAGUGAAAUGGCCCGAUGGGCUAUUCUAUGGUGCCAAAUACCUGGGGUCCAGUGUGUCCUACAUGUACCAGGUGGAGUUUGAAGACGGCUCUCAGGUGCUGGCGAAAAGGGAAGAUGUCUAUACUCUAGAUGAAGACCUACCUAAAAAGGUGAAGCGUAGACUUUCAACAGCCUCAAGUAUGCGUUUCCAGGACGCUUUCUUCACCACGCAGGGGGAGAGGAAACGACAGAGAACACCAAAUUCACGCUUCCAGAAAGACUAUGUGGCCCUGCCAGGCCUCCGUACAACUGCCAAAAGCACAUGGGAGCAACGCAGCCACAAAGGGAAAUGAAGUCGAGGGGGAAAGCGCAAUGACAAAUGAAUGCACUGAAUGAACAGUGGACGUAGAGGGGGAGGUUGUUUGUGUGAGUGUAUACGUGAGUAUGCUUGUGUGUCAGUUUUUGGGGUCAACUUUCAUCUCAAUAAAUUUUUCCCACAAAACUUCCCUGUGAAGAGAGCAGCGGAAGGGAAACGGUGUUGUGGGUGAGGUGGAUGUCGACUUGUGUGUGCUUGUACAUUAUACAUCAGUGACUGGGUGGUGUGGCAGACAGGAGAGGAAUCCCGAUUCGACCGUUGGACUCAUAUAGAUUGGGUUAACAGAGGGCAUUGUUGCCUCAGUUGCCUCGUGCUUUCACAUCAGUCAGGGAAAAUAAACGUGACUUACAAUUGUCACAUCACCCUUUUUUGAAGUAAACACAAACUUUUUUUUUCUUUGUACAUGAAAAAUUCAAAAGUGAGAUUUUUCUAAAUAGCCUGCCUAUGGUAGCCUUUUUGGGGGGGUCUGUUAUUUCCAAGUUUUAUUUUGAAUGUUUAUGUACUUUGCUUGUAGUAUUUUUUCCUCAUGUCUUACCGUUUCUCCCCGCAUGUUCAACAUCGUCUCCUAACUGCUUCUGCUGGGCUCAGUCCAAUUACAGUACAAUGACUUCCUCUCUGCAUGAACUAAAAUAUGUGAAAUCUGUCAUUUGACAUUCAAAAGAAUCGAGAAAAAGGACUCACCACAUGUUAAUCACUUCCUCUGGGAAGAUAUUCAGACAGGAAGCCAUGCCCUUUGUGUUGGAUUCUGCGUCCUAUUAACGUGAAAUGCUACUGUUGCUCUGUUGAAUGAAACACAUUGUUGAAAUUAUUUAAAAUUUGUAUUUAUUUUUGGCUUGCUAUAGUUAAACUAUUGCUAACUGCUGAAAGAAAAACAAUAAAAAAUUACAUAUUUGUUUUUA